CGUGAAAUCCCCGUCUCGCAGAAAUGAUUUUCUCAAAAACCCAUUGAUUCUCCUGGAUUUGUAAUGUUACAUUUGUGUCUCUACAUGUUCAGUAAAUAUUUACGCAAACAAUACAACAGUGCCUCUAUAUUAGCUAUAAAUGUCUACGAAACCACGCAAAUAAGUCGAUUCCGAUUGGAACGAAUGGAGUGAUUAUAUUAUUUAAAUAAUGAUGCAAACUAAUUUAAAAACUAAAGAAAUGUUCAUAGUCAGAGCAUUAGAGAAGAUCUUAGCCGAUAAAGAUAUCAAAAGGUCACAUCAUAGUCAAUUGAAAAAAUCCUGUGAAGUGGCACUUGAAGAAAUAAAAGCUGAAUUAAAAAAUGGUGGACAGAUAGAGACAGCUGAAAAUCCAACAUCGGGUACUCUUCCGCUGCCUAAAAAUGAUGCCUCCAACAUUAUCACAGCUGAAAAAUAUUUCCUACCAUUUGAAUUGGCAUGUAAAAGUAAGGCAGCUAGGAUAGUUGUUACAGCUUUAGACUGUUUGCAAAAACUUAUUGCUUAUGGUCACCUAACAGGAAACAUUCCAGACUCAACGACCCCCAGAAAACUUUUGAUAGAUAGAAUAGUCGAGACUAUUUGUAGUUGUUUCACAGGCCCACAAACAGAUGAAGGAGUCCAAUUACAAAUCAUAAAAGCACUUCUCACUGUCAUUACAAGUCAGCAUGUUGAAGUUCACGAAGCAACAGUAUUGCUUGCAGUCAGAACUUGUUACAACAUCUAUCUUGCAAGUAAAAAUCUUAUAAAUCAGACAACAGCAAGAGCAACUCUUACUCAAAUGCUUAAUGUAAUAUUCACUAAAAUGGAAAAUCAAGCUUUAGAAUCUGAAAAUAAUCCUAAUGAAACUGUGCAUAAGUUGCCCAAUGGUAACAUAGUUAGUGAAGAAACACAUAUAAACCAAGUGAUGGAAAACAAUAAAGAUGAAGUAACUCCUGCACAGCAAGAUAAUAUUGAUAAUGGAGAUGAAAUUAAUGAAGCUAAGAUGAUAGCUAAAGAAAUUGUGGAUUCUGUAAUAGACAAUGCAAUAGACAUCGCUUCAAAGAAAAGUACUUCUGAUCUUACUAAUAAUAUUUCUGAAAAUAGUGAAAACCCUUGUGAUUCUCAAGACAGUGGUAGUGUGUCACAAGAAAGUAAUGGACAAGCUACUAGUGAAUCAGUAAUGACAAGAAUACCUUCACAAGAAAGUGUUGAUGUUGCUUCUGAAAAUGAUAACUCGGUUACAGCUAAAUUUACCCAUAUUCUUCAGAAAGAUGCUUUCUUAGUUUUUAGAGCUCUCUGCAAGUUAUCCAUGAAACCUCUUCCUGAAGGGACCCCAGAUCCUAAAUCACAUGAACUUCGGUCAAAAAUACUUUCAUUGCAUUUACUUUUGUCUAUCUUACAAAAUGCUGGUCCAGUAUUCAGAAACAAUGAGAUGUUCAUAACAGCCAUCAAACAAUAUCUCUGUGUAGCUUUAUCCAAAAAUGGUGUCAGUUCUGUACCUGAAGUCUUUGAACUUUCUUUAGCUAUUUUUCUAGCCCUCUUGCAGAAGUUUAAAGUUCACCUGAAGAAGCAAAUAGAAGUCUUUUUCAAAGAAAUUUUUAUGAACAUCCUGGAGACAUCCAGUUCGUCUUUUGAGCAUAAAUGGAUGGUUAUUCAAGCUUUGACUAGAAUUUGUGGUGAUGCCCAAAGUGUUGUGGACAUUUAUGUAAACUAUGAUUGUGAUUUAUCUGCUGCAAAUCUUUUCCAAAGAUUGGUUAAUGAUGUUUCAAAAAUAGCACAGGGAAGACAAGCUCUUGAAUUAGGUGCCACACCUAAUCAAGAAAAAUCAAUGCGUAUUCGAGGUCUUGAAUGUUUAGUUUCCAUUCUUAAAUGUAUGGUGGAAUGGAGCAAGGAACUUUACAUAAAUCCAAACUUACAAACAACUUUAGGCGAAAGAACGACAAAAGAAGAUAAUGACCACCAUAGUAUGAAGUCUCAUGGUGGGUCAAGCCUCAGUCUUAUUUCAACAGGAUCUAGUAACAUAGGUAAUAGGGAAUCUUUGGACUCUCCUGAACAAUUUGAAGUUCUAAAGCAACAAAAAGAAGUUUGGGAAACUGGAAUAGAACUUUUCAACAGAAAACCUAAAAAAGGUGUUGCAUUUUUACAAGAACAAAGUUUAUUGGGCACUUCUACGAAAGAGAUAGCAGAAUGGUUGUUAACAGAUGAAAGGCUAGAUAAAACUUUUAUUGGAGAAUAUUUAGGAGAAAAUGAUGAUCAUUCCAAGGAAGUUAUGUAUGCUUAUAUAGAUGCAAUGAAUUUUUCUGAUAUGGAUAUUGUUGCUGCUCUGCGUUAUUUCUUGGAAGGCUUCCGUUUACCUGGCGAAGCGCAAAAAAUUGAUAGAUUAAUGGAGAAGUUUGCAGCUAGAUACUGUGAAUGUAAUCCAACCAAUACACUAUUUACAAGUGCUGAUACAGUGUAUGUUCUAGCAUUUUCUAUUAUAAUGCUAACAACAGAUCUUCACUCUCCACAAGUCAAAAAUAAAAUGACAAAAGAACAAUACAUUAAGUUGAACAGUGGCAUAAGUGACAACAGUGACCUGCCACGUGAAUAUUUAUCUCAGAUAUAUGACGAGAUUGCUGGCCAUGAGAUCAAAAUGAAAAACACCUCUAAACCUGGUAAACACAUGAUUGCAAAUGAGAAGAAACGCAAACUUGUGUGGAAUAUGGAAAUGGAGCAAAUAUCUACAGCAGCAAAAAAUUUGAUGGAAUCUGUGUCACAUGUGCAAACUCCCUUUACUACCGCGAAACACGUCGAACACGUACGACCAAUGUUCAAAAUGGCGUGGACGCCAUUCCUUGCAGCAUUUUCAGUGGGCUUACAAGAUUGCGAUGAUCCUGAAAUAGCAUCAUUGUGCUUGGAUGGCAUAAGAUGUGCAAUCAGAAUUGCUUGCAUAUUCCACAUGUCCCUUGAAAGAGAUGCUUAUGUUCAAGCUUUAGCUCGAUUUACACUUCUUACGGCAAACUCGCCUAUAACAGAAAUGAAAGCUAAGAACAUUGAUACUAUUAAAACUCUCAUAACAGUAGCCCACACUGAUGGCAAUUAUUUGGGUUCAAGUUGGCUCGAUGUCGUCAAGUGUAUCUCUCAAUUAGAAUUAGCACAGCUCAUUGGGACUGGAGUUCGACCACAGUUUUUGUCUGGAUCAGGAAUCAAACCGCAACCAGAUUCCAUGAAAUUCAGUCUUAUGUCAUUAGAUCCAAGUGUAAAAGAGCACAUUGGAGAAACAAGCUCCCAAAGUGUUGUUGUAGCAGUCGACAGAAUAUUUACCGGGUCUACGAGACUCGACGGUGAUGCAAUUGUGGACUUUGUUAAAGCACUGUGUCAAGUGUCUCUUGAUGAGUUGAGCCAUGCGUCGAAUCCAAGAAUAUUUUCAUUGCAAAAAAUUGUAGAAAUAUCUUACUACAACAUGGGGCGUAUUAGGUUACAGUGGUCCCGAAUAUGGCAGGUUCUUGGUGAUCAUUUUAAUAAAGUGGGUUGUAGUAGUAACGAAGACAUCGCCUUUUUUGCUGUCGACUCUUUAAGGCAACUUUCAAUGAAAUUUAUAGAAAAGGGUGAAUUUGCAAACUUCAAGUUUCAAAAGGAUUUCUUACGACCAUUCGAACAUAUCAUGAAAAAGAAUAAUUCUCCAACAAUAAGAGAUAUGGUAGUGAGGUGCAUUGCACAAAUGGUAAAUUCACAAGCUCCAAACAUAAAGUCUGGCUGGAAAAACAUAUUUUCUGUGUUUCAUUUAGCAGCCAGUGAUCAAGACGAGGCAAUAGUUGACUUAGCAUUCCAAACGACUGGCAAAGUCAUUACGGAACUAUAUGAAAAACAAUUCCCUGCGAUGAUAGAUUCUUUCCAAGACGCAGUAAAAUGUUUGUCCGAAUUCGCAUGUAAUGCAAAAUUUCCGGAUACGUCCAUGGAAGCAAUAAGGUUGGUGCGGUCGUGUGCCUCAGCGGUUGGUGCGUCGCCGCACCUGUUUGCCGAACACGCCGGGCUCGAGGGCGAGCCCGGGGCACCUGAAGAGGACAGGGUUUGGCUUCGGGGAUGGUUUCCACUUCUCUUCUCACUGUCUUGUGUCGUAAGCCGUUGCAAAUUAGACGUUCGCACCAGAGGUCUUACAGUUCUCUUUGAGAUAAUAAAAACUCACGGUGAUUCAUUCCGUCCGCAUUGGUGGAGAGAUUUAUUCAACAUACUGUUCAGAAUUUUCGACAAUAUGAAAUUGCCAGAACACCAAUUGGAGAAAAAUGAGUGGAUGACUACCACUUGCAAUCACGCGUUGUACGCAAUCGUGGACGUUUUCACGCAAUACUUUGACAUUCUUGGCUCUCUUCUGCUGGAGCAGUUGUACGCGCAGCUACAUUGGUGCGUGCAACAAGAUAACGAACAACUAGCAAGAUCCGGCACUAAUUGUUUAGAAAAUCUAGUCAUUUCAAACGGAACAAAAUUCAAUGACGACACGUGGAGUAAAACUUGUCAAAUUAUGUUGGAUAUAUUCAAUAGUACUCUUCCUACGACGCUCCUUACGUGGAAACCUGAUGAAAACGACGACGGAGAAACGACUCAUGUACGUCACGGCAUUCUCAAGAAACCCCAAGGAGGAGACGAAAUAAAGUCUUCCAAUCGUGUUUUCAACAGUCUGCUAAUCAAAUGCGUCGUCCAGUUAGAAUUGAUACAAACGAUUGAUAACAUUGUUUUCUACCCGGCAACUUCACGCAAAGAAGAUGCAGAAACAUUAGCGCUAGCCGCUGCCGAACUGACUGGCGGCAUUCCGGAUACUGAACAAGAAUGUCAACGUGAAGAACAAGGAAUGUAUCGGCUAUUGAGCUCGCCGCAUCUAUUACGACUCGUUGAAUGCCUGAUGUGCAGUCAUCGCUUUGCGAAAACCUUUAAUACCAAUAAUGCACAAAGGAAUGUCCUAUGGAAAGCUAAUUUUAAAGGUUCUGUAAAACCAAAUAUGCUGAAACAAGAGACGCAAUCACUAGCGUGUGUCCUUCGAAUACUGUUUAAAAUGUACAGUGAUGAAGCGCGGAGAGAUCAUUGGCUCGCUGUACAGAAGAGUCUAAUCACUAUCUGUUGCGAAGCAUUGGAGUAUUUUGCCGGAGUGACCAACGAGGCCCACAGAGAUGCGUGGACGUCCAUACUACUAUUGAUCCUCACGAGAAUACUAAAGAUGCCUGAUGAAAGAUUUGCGGCGCACGUUUCCAGCUACUAUCCGUUGCUGUGUGAAAUCACCUGCUUCGACCUGAAGCCUGAGCUACGCUCAGUUCUCCGUCGGGUGUUCAUUCGCAUCGGGCCAGUUUUUAAUAUUGUUUCUAAUACGCAAUAGCUCGCUGUUAUUUUUAAAUACAAAAUGGCCUUAUAGUUUCGUAGGUUAAAGUAUGACUUUUGAUGUUAAUGUUAAAAUAAAAAUACAUUUCGUUGAUUUCGUAAAUUUUAAUGUAAUAUUGACAGCAAUCAGUACUUCAGUAGUAUUAAAAGUGAUCUAUGUUAUAAAUAUAGGGUGUAUUAGUCAUAGUAUUUAAUUUAUAUAACUUAUUAUUUUAAUAUCAACAAUUAAAAUUAUAUAAUGUAUAAUAAAAAAAAGUCUAAAGUUUUAUCUAUAAAUUGUAGUUUAUUCUGUAUAUUUGAAAGAUUUUUAAUAUUUGGAGAGCUGAAUUCACUCGCUAUCAGGCUUAUUAACUUUGAUUUCCAGCUAGACUGAACCGACUGUGAUUGCAUUUUCAUUUCUGCAGCUUUUCCAUUGUUGUUUCUUACUAUAUCAUAAAGAGUGAUUUCAGAACUCGCACACAACUUAUGUAAUCCAUAAUAAAUUAAAAUUAUUCAAAUUAAUACUUUUGAUUAGAUAAUCCUCAGUCCUUCAAUGCUCUGCUCCAAAGAUUCAAGAUCCCAAAUGACCAGCUGACCAUCCAAUCCGGAAGUGCUGAACUUAACAGCAUUUGCUUUGGUUCCUUUAUAAAGGCUUAUAGUAGUUAUGGCAUUUUGAUGAAUAGAAUCCAACAAGGUGUCAUUGGUUUCAAUACGAGCCUGUCUGUCCAGAGACUGGAACUUCUUCAUGGCUGACAACCCACCAGACUCUUUCCUUUGAGUAUUAUCCAAUUUGGCAACAAAUUUAAUCUCAUUGUCUUCAAGGCUAUACAGUAAUGGAAUGCAGCUAUGUCCUGCCACAACAAGGGAAUUGUUGGUGAUCCAGUUACAACCCAAGAAUGGCAGAUAUUCAGUCUUAAGUUUGAUAACGGCCUUGCCUUGUGUAGCAUCAGCAACGUUAAUUGAACUAUCGUGUCCUACCCAAGCAACUUUGUUUCCAUCAGCUGAAAAGGAAACGCUGUGCACCCAACCACCACCUGAUGGAGAGUUGGGGAACUCUGCCAAUAAUUGGCCCAGUGGUAGCUUUGAUCCCCACACAUUUGGACCAGGUUGAUCUUCGAUAUCUUUGAUGUAUGCAGAGAAAACUCUUACUUUAAAAUCAGCAGAACCAGCUACUAAUAGCAUAUUAUUUGGGUGCCAAUCUAAUGUAGUAACAGUUGAGCGAAUGGGUUUUUUAAUAUGCUUGGAAACCCACCAGUUAUUUUCUUUUUCAAAAUAGCAUAUUGAAAUAAGUCUUGCACCUGAGCCCACAGCAAACUUGUUUUCCAUUGGAGACCAUUUCACACAAGUAGCAGCACGGUUGAUACGCAACAACACAAGAGUAGUUGUCCACUUGCCAUCCUCACCUUGAGUCCAAACAUAUGCAUUGCGGUCAACAGCGCAUGUUACAAUGCGGUUGGUAUUUGGGGCCCAAUCAAUGCCCAUAACUCUUAAAUCAUGCUCAACUAAAUUAUUAGUUUGUUUCCAUUCACUUCCUUCUUUCUGAUAAAUAUGAACUUCAUUAUUGUUAGGUGAGAAGGCAAUUUCUGAAAAUAUGAAACCUUUUGUAAACAUACAUAGCAUUAAUGAAAGGCAAAUUGAUAGUAAAUAUUGAGAAUAAGGAACUGUAUCUUGUUAUUUUAUAGCAGUGGUGUAUUGCAUGUCUAGUAACGAUAUACUCACGGGUUCUAUCCUUGUUCCAAGCAUGACAAGUUAUCGGAGCACAUGAGUCACCAAACGAUAGAGUUUGAGCCAUGAUUCGGCACUGCAAUAGAUAAAAAAACAGUUUUUUUUUUAAAUUAUGGAAGAUAGUUUACUUAGUGAUAUUUCAUUGUUUAACUAAGUAACUAAACCAAGUUAGUACCUUUAGGUUUCACAAAGUAAAAACUGUAGUCACGCCCGGCUUGAUAAGCUCAACAAACAAUCUGGUAUAUUCGCGGACUCUGGGCAGUCGACGCGAAUUCUGAAAGCAAUUUAUUAUUACAAACAAAACCUGUUAUCUAAAUAACAAUUUAUUAAAGCUGCAAUAUCACACUUAGUUAUUAAUAUAUUAAAAUUAGAUCAACAAACUACGAAAUUCACCUGCUGCUAUCAAUCACU